AUGAGUCUAGGCAAUGCAAUUCAGCCAUCGUUCCAUCAACUUCAGGGGCUUGACCUGGAUUUGCUUGACUAUAUACCCGAAAUUGAGGACGAAGAUUUCGUUCAGGACGCAAACAAUUCCUUCCCAGAAAAGUGCCUAGGAAUUCCUCCUGGUCGUUUCGAUGUUUGGCGUGCUGUGCUAUGCCACAAACCGACUGUCAAGAAGUUUGCUCAGUAUCAAAAAGGCUUGCGUGAAAUACCUUACAACACGGGGCCUGACGCGACUGUCCUGUUCAACCGAAACUGUGAUACCGUCGGCAUUGGCGAAAGCCUCGAUGAUACUGCCUUUGUGGAAUUUGAUUUGGAAUGUCUUGCCUUUGCUGCAAUUUAG